AGAAGAUAAGGAAUGGAUCUCGACAGAUACCUGGAAGCUGAUAGAGGAGAGGAGGAUGGUGAAGCAGAAGACAAACCAGUGCAAGGAUGCUCAACAAUAAGAGGAACUGAGCACAAUGUAUAAAACACUGAACAAAGAAGUGAAGAAGAGUGCACGCAAAGACAAAAGACACUUCUACGAAACACUGGCAAGUGAAGCAGAACAGGCUGCCGGCUGGUAGGAGGGACAGACACCUGACGACAUUGUAUCAAAUAACCAGGUUGCUAUCAGGGAAGAGACCAACACAGAUGAAACCAAUAAAAGAUGAAGAAGGAAAUUUAAUUACAAAAGAAGAGAAACAGAGGAAACGAUGGGCCGACCACUUCAAGAAGCUCUUGAAUCGACCACCACCUGCACUUCGCCCAGAAAUACCACCUGCAGCCGCUGAACUACAAGUGAACAUUAAUCCCCCAACGAAAAUGGAAGUCCUGAACGCCAUAAAGCUACUGAAAUGCGGGAAAGCAGCAGGACCAGAUGGGAUACCGCCAGAAGCACUGAGAACAGAUGCAGAGACAACAGCGGACAUGCUCACACCACACCAGUAUUGCAGAAGGUGUGGAAGGAAGAGAAGGUACCUGACGAUUGUAAGAAGGGUUACCUUGUCAAACUGCCGAAGAAGGGAGACCUCAGUGCUUGCAAGAACUGGCGCGGAAUCACUCUCCUGUCCACCCCAAGUAAAAUAUUAAGCCUCAUCAUCCUGGAGAGGCUUAAAGAUGCACUGGAUUCAAAACUACGACC